GGCUGAUAACACACAUUGCUUCAUUGCACUGCGGUUGGAGAUUGUCGCGGAAAUCAAAUCACUUCGAUGAUAAGAUUUGGUGUGCAGUCCGUUUAUUAAGUGGCCUCAGACUGCGAUCGUCCUCAGUGCCCGGUAGCACCACGAACACAUCACAGCCAUCAUGCGUGCGGCGUGGAGACUCGUAGCCGUGGUCGCGGCCCUGGCCGUCGCGGCGCAGGCCACCGACCUGGAGGACAAGGUGGCCAAGACCAUCGCCGAGUUCAAGGACAUGAUGUCGACCGGCCGCCCCGAUCUCAACAUCCCCGUGCUGGAGCCCCUGUCCAUCAAGAAAAUCCCUAUCAGCAUCAACGCCUCGCCCUUCAAGGCCAACCUCGAAGCGAGCGCAAUCAAGGUGGUCGGUGCGUCGUCCUUCCAGGUCACGGAGUUGACCCAGGUCGGUGACUCCAGCCAGAUGAAGGUGGCCAUUGAGGUGCCCGGCAUCGAGGUGACGGGCGACUACGACAUCCACGGCCAGGUCAAGGUCGGCUUCAUCAAGGUCAACCUCAACGGCAAGGGACCACUCACGAUUUCGGCCAAAGGAAUCAAGGGAUCCGGCGUCGCUGAAGUUGUCCCACGUGGCAACUCCCUCCACCUUAACGCCAUCAAGAUCAACAGCUGGAGCUGGGACAAGCUCACCAUCAACCUAGCCAACCUGCUCGAUAAUGGUGUCAUGAGCAAGACUGUCAACAAACUCAUCAACAAGCUGGUACCUGCUUUCGCAUCGGCUAACAAUUCUAAGCUCACCGCGCUGCUCGAGACUGUGGCCAAGAAGUACAUCAACAAGUACCUUGACGGCAUCGUCAGCGACGUGGCCAUGCUCGAUUCUCAGGUGAACUGGAUCGUGUCUGAGGAAGUGCAAGAGAUCUUGGACCAGCUGGCCGCGGCUGUGACCGCACCCACCGCGGAUGAGCCCUCCGACCUCGAGACUGCCGUCAAAGAACUGAGCGAAGUCUUCCGCAUUGCCAUGAAGAAGGGCCGUCCCGACCUCAACAUUGCCGCCAUGGACCCCGCCGUCUUCUCGGAGCUCAACAUCCACUUCCACAAGUGGCUUCUUGAUGGACAAGCUGUCGCCACCGACCUGCAGGUGUCUGGUGCAUCGGACUUCGAGCUGACCAAGGUGACUGCGUUGGACGACACGAACGUGGCCAUCGAAUUCAGCGUCCCAAGCAUCACCGCGGCCACCCAGUACGAUCUCGAUGCCAAGGUCAACCUGGGCCUCACCAAGCUGCACUCCGUGAGGAGCGGCUCCGUCGGUAUUGUUGCUGGUGGCAUCAAGGGCGCCGCUACUGCGGAACUCGUCGUUGACAAGGACGGCCAACUCCGCCUGGACGCUUUCGAGAUCACUAAGUGGAGCUACGAUACCCUCACGGUCGAGUUGGAGAACCCUGAAAACGCUGGUUUCAUCAAGAAAAACGUAAACAAGCUGAUCGGCAAACUGGUGCCAAGCCUGUUGGUUAAGCCCCACACCAAGGACCUCACCGCGUGGGCCAGCAGCCGCGGCUUCUCCAUCAUCGGCCGCUUCCUCGACGGCGUGGCAGGCCGCAUCCCCCUCGCCGGCCUGGACGCCAGGGCGACCGAGCUGUUGCUGAACCUGCAGACCGUCAUGAAGACCGGAAGCACCGACUAUGACCUGCCCGUGCUCGACCCGUUCAUCCUCAACGAGCUUCCCUUCUCCUUCGAGGGCUACUUUGUCAAGGCUUCUGUCGUUGCCAAGAACUUGCAGGUUGGAGGGACCUCUGCCUUCACUAUCACCAAAAUCUCUCAGAUCCCAGAUUCGAACAAAAUCCAGGUCGAUCUUGAAGUUCCCGAGAUCAAUGGCAACAGCGACUUCACGGCCAAGGCCGGCUUGAAGUGGCCCACGAAGACUGUCACCGACAAUGGAUCCUUGACUGCACUGAUCAGGGGCCUCAAGGUUUCGGCCACCGCUCGCCUGGCUGAGAACGCGGAGGGUGCUUUGCUUCUCAAGGACCUCAACAUUGACUCGUGGACUUUCGACCAAAUUGCGGUUGAAUUCGCCAACCUCCACGACAGCCAUGUCGGCUCGGUCCUCAACGCCGCCAUCAACGACGUGCUGCCCACAAUCGUUGCUGCUCAGAAGAACGUCAUCAACAGCUGGGCUGAGGUGACCGCCAAGGCGGUGCUCGACCAGUACCUCGCCGGCGUCGCCAAGGCCUCUUCCUCUCUGACGGUGGACAUCAAGGUCAUCCCCGCGGAAGCACGCCACAUCAUCAUGCAACUGGCCGCGUUGGCCGCGUAGGAGAGUCACGGAAGGACACUCGGAGUGGAACUCAUCUCAAACUGAGACGGCACUGCCAAAUUACAUCUUCGGAAUUUACGAACCUCUGGAAUAAAAUGUGACCGAAGGCAGUAUCGUAAAUUGACAAAAUUCACUCAGUGAAUCUACAAAGAAACCCGGGUCCAAAGAAACAAUAUCCAGGAUGUCUUUGUAAAAUUCUUAUUUAAUUUCUGACUGUGUUUGUCAAUCGAGAGAAAAAUGGCCUAAGUAGAGAGACAAUGUUCUGUGGUAUGAGUUCUAAAAAUAUACUCGCAUUUUCCCACCCAGC